AUGGGCCACGAGCCACUCCGUGGAUCAUGCUCAUGUGGCCGCAAUGAAUAUCAGAUACAGAUCCCUGAUGAUGUGACUGAGCAUGCACAAGUCUAUUUUGACAGCAGCCGAGACAAUCGUCGAUUUCACGGGACACCAUUGACAGCCUGGCUGCGUGUGCCACUGGACUGGUAUCAGUCACAUACUACAUCAUUCUUUCCCGACGAAACUCACGAUUCCAUCCGCCGCAUAUUCACACCACGUCAUGCUCCCCAGACUCGCCGCAUCUUCUGUGGCUUCUGUGGUACACCGUUGACUUUCUGGACGGAAGAGCCUGCCGAUGAAGCGGAUUUCAUGUCGAUCGCUAUUGGGAGUCUUACUGGGGAGGAUCAGCAUGCUUUGAGUGAUCUAAAUCUGCUACCGGAUGAUCUUGAUGAUGAUGCACAUGAUAUCUCGACGUCAUCUGCCCUUGCACCGCCCCAAGGAGACACUUCUGUUAUUGUACCUUCGCUUGCAGAUACUCCAAUCAUCUCUCGGAGUUUCCGACAUGGUACGAUUGAUGGUAUUCCCUGGUUUGAAGAGAUGGUGGAAGGAAGUCGCCUUGGUCGAUUGAUGCGGGCGAAACGAGGAAAGGGAAUGAGCGAGGACAACUCUACAUUCUUUGAGUGGGAAAUUAGUGAGUGGCAUGAAGGCGAUACCGGUGGAAUCGAGCAAGAGGACUCUGAUUCGAGCGGCAAAGCCACAGGGAAGAGAAAACGGGGGGACCAAGGGGAUGUUCAGCGUCUACAAAAGCGGUCAGAGUGA